AUGGAGACAAUGGACAGUUGCGCCAACCGGCUUCAAACGCCUCCCACCGCGCCCGUUGCCUCUGUCCGGGCGACGUUUGCCAUUCCGAUUUCCAAGGCUAUGGACAACAGCUCCUUCUGCAGCUAUGAUGGCCAAAAGUUGGACCGCCGGCAUGAAUUCCCAGGGAGUUGCGGGAAAUCCUGUAUCCAAUGA